AGGAGCGGGAGCUGAGGGGAGGGAGAGGCCGGUCCGGGUCUGGCCGCUGCCUCUGCUUGCCCGAGGUCUCCAGGCCGGGCUGCGGCUCUGUGCUCGCUUCCUGGGCACGGUCCGCGAGGCUCCGCAGGGCAGCGUGAGAGAGCCGCGGGCGGCGGCCGCCGCAACAUGUCAGCCAAGGACGAGCGGGCCAGGGAGAUCCUGAGAGGCUUCAAACUAAAUUGGAUGAACCUCCGGGAUGCAGAGACAGGGAAGAUACUCUGGCAAGGAACUGAAGACCUGUCCGUCCCUGGGGUGGAACAUGAAGCCCGUGUUCCCAAGAAAAUCCUCAAGUGCAAAGCAGUGUCCCGAGAGCUGAACUUCUCUUCAGCAGAGCAAAUGGAAAAAUUCCGCCUGGAGCAGAAAGUUUACUUCAAAGGGCAAUGCCUAGAAGAAUGGUUCUUCGAAUUCGGCUUUGUGAUUCCCCACUCCACCAACACCUGGCAGUCGCUGAUAGAGGCAGCGCCCGAGUCCCAGAUGAUGCCAGCAAGCGUGCUAACUGGGAACGUUAUCAUAGAAACAAAGUUUUUUGACGACGAUCUUCUUGUAAGCACAUCCAGAGUGAGACUUUUCUACGUCUGAGAGAAGAAUGUGUGUGCAUUUCAAGAUUGGGGGUUAUGGGAGGGAGGAGGAAACUCCUGUUUUUUCCCUCCACACCUUUGAUUUUUGGCACUUCCACCCCUGAUUCCCUCUAUGGCAGAACCCACCUGCGGCCACCAGGGGACCAGCUCAGUGUAGGUAACCAGAUGGCUUUUUUCUCACUGACCAGACUAAUACCCAACCCCAGACCAAGGCAGGGGCCGUGCCUCGACUACUUCCCGUGCAGACACGAGGAAGGACAUACCGCGAGCAGAUGCCGUACCUGCUCCCUCCCUGCCUCCUCCUCGGGCCCUGCGGGCUGCGUGUCUUCCUUUGGCCCUUGGUUUUGGAAAACUUCAUAUUCCUGACCCACGCCUAGUUUUUUCCUAUCAUUUCUAUUUCAUACAUUCUCAUACACUUAACUUGUAAAAUAGACUGUGAUAUUAUUAUUACGGAUUGUAAUUAAAACAAAUGAAUUAAAAAAUUCCUACAGUC